UGUUGUAUUGGUUGCGGGUAGUGUGCGUGUAUGGAUGAGGCAGUGAACAAGUGUAAAGUCCCCAGAAUGAAGAAACACACUUCCGGUUGACCUUUCAAAGUAAACGUAAUUUCGGUGGCAAAUCACGUUUUCUUAAAGAAAUACACGUGAAUUAUAUUCGUGCAGGGUCUGACCAGUCGCUUUAGCCAUAUUGCCGUUUCACAAACAUUCCGUUAUCAGUCUUACACACAAACACAUGUUUUCACCCCGAAUGUUGACGUGAAGAUAACUUCCGGUAUAGCUAGUUGUAGCUUGACAACAGUUCAGACGGGGUCGAUUCUAAAGCCCGCGAGGUGUCUUGUCGUGUUGAACGUGGAUGUAAAAAAUAUAUAUAGAUAUAUCAAAUUCUUCCGGAGAUGGACGUCGGAGUGUCCAGGUCCCACGUGUUUCUCAACUACUGUCCCAGAGCCCUCUUCUCUCAGUGGAGCCUCCCGCCGUUUGCACGGCGUGUCUUGGAUGCGGUGAUGGAGGGUCACAAGAGCUCCCUGAACACCGGAAAAAUGGUGGCCCUCGCGGGGCUCUCCGUCGGGGCCGCGGUGGGCUACAUCGUCUACCGCCACAUCAGCAGCGCCGACCCCCCUGGUCAGGAGCCCAACACGCAGGUGUCCAAGGUGACACUCCCAGUGGAAGUCUACAGGAACAUCUCCAGAUACCAAGCCACGUUCCUGGACACGGUGGCCCAGAAGUCCGGAGCCCAGGUGAGGGUUCUGCCGGACCCCGGGGAGCCCGGCUGCAGGACCACCGUCUGCUUCCAGCUGCAGGGCUCCGAGGACCAGGUCCUGCUGGCCCGCUGCGUCCUGGAGAACCUGGUCUCGGACUGCCAGCCAAUGAGGGAAGAGCUGCAAGUCCCCCAGACCGCCUUCGGACGCAUAAUAGGCCGCGGCGGAGAGAGCCUGAAGCUCAUCACCAGGACCACGGGGGCCAAAGUGGUUUGUUCCAAAGAGAAGACGCACGGCACCGGGGCCACGGGCAGCGUGACGAUCACCGGGACCAGACAGGAAGUGGAGCAGGCCAAGGAGCUGAUCCUAGAGAAGGUCACUGAGGACACGACGGUGAGGACGAGGAUCUCGCAGUCCUCCGCCCUGCGGCAGAAGCGCGGCCACGCUGCCGGGCAUCAGACGGAGGCCCCGGCCGGAUUGAAGAACAACAACAACAACAACGACCCUUACUCGCACACGGAGAGGAACGGACGUGUCCAUGGCGCAGGAGAGCCAGGAACUCUGUUUGACAAGAUGGAGGAGCUUAAAAUCACCAACACAGCCAAAGAGGAGGAGGAGGAGGAGGAGGAAGAGGAGAGCGUCUCCACAGACUCUCUCUCUGACAUUUCCAAGUUCGAAAUUCCCAGCCCGGACCUGAGCUUCCAGCCCGACGAGCACCUGGAGGUCUACGUCUCUGCGUCGGAGAACCCGAACCACUUCUGGAUCCAGAUCCUCGGGGUGCGCUCGCUCCAGCUGGACAAACUGAUGCAGGAGAUGAACCGCUUCUACAGCAGCGGCGACCCCGCGGAGCAGCGGGUGGAGACACUGGUGGCGGGCGACAUCGUGGCCGCUCCGUACCUCGAGCACGGCACGUGGAACCGGGCCCGGGUGCUGGGGGGGCUGGGCUCCGGACUGGUGGACCUCUACUACGUGGACUUUGGGGACAACGGGGAGCUGCCCAGAGACGGCCUCUGUCGCCUGAGGAGCGACUUCCUCAGCUUACCGUUCCAGGCCAUCGAGUGUAACCUGGCGGGAGUGAGACCAACAGGAGAGGUGUGGACUGAGGCAGCCCUGGAUGACUUCGAGCAGCUGACGUCCUGCGCCUGCUGGCGCCCCCUGCAGGCCAAACUGUGCAGCUACUCCCAUUCGGAGGUCUCCUCCUGGCCCAGCGUCAAGCUCUACGACAACAACACUGUAGAUAUCGGCGAGGAGCUGGUGCGGCUGGGCCACGCCGUCAGCUUCCAGGAGGCGGUGACCGGGAGGACCGAGGGCUGCCUCCAGAGGAUGCUGGACGACGUGAUCGGAGCGUCGUCGGAGCUCAGCCUCUCCUGCAUCAGCUUAUCCGAAGCUGCUUCCAUCUCGGGAAGCGUGGACAACGUCAUGGAGGACGAGCUGCUGUGAGACCAAAGCGCCGACCGCUCCUCCGCCUCUUCCUCGGCAUCAGUUCAAAGGAGACGAGGGUUAGAUUCCCCGUCUGACCUCAACUCAACCGCAUAAACCCUCAUCGUGCAGCCUCACCGACAGUUCCUUUUCUUGGUGUUCAUCCUGUGUGUUGCCUUCAUGCUGUUCCAUUGUACCCAGCGCCACUCUGCUUAUAUAAAAUAUAUAUAUAUAUAGCGUUACUCUAUUAUGUGUUCAAGAAGAGGGAAAUAAAGCCAGUAUUGUUAUUAUUUUAAAGCACUGUGAUGAGUCGGUGGUACGAGAAGGCAGCUGUUUAGCUGAUGUUUAUUUUAUUUUUUUCUGUUUUUAUCUUGUAUAUUUUGAUUUUCAUGGCCUACAUAUUUGGUCUGACAGAUUCAUUUAUUUUGGAGAGUAAACCAUAAAGUUUUAUUGAAUUUGCUCCACAGAUUUUGUUGCAUGUAAAGAGUAACGAUGUACCGGAUCACUGACUAGAGGCCAGAGGGAAGUUUCCCUUCAGAGGUGUAAUAGACUGCACUAUAUAUGAUAAAGGAUUUAUUUUAUGUCACAAUAAUUGUCUGUGUCUUACUUUGUUUUGCUGGUCAUGCUACAAACAUAUAUUUCAUAAAUAAUAAUAAACAAUGGAUUUAGA